GCGGCGCGCUCGCCCCGAGGAGUUUCGAUCAAUCCAUGCCCGUUGGUCGGCCGCCGCCCCUCGCCCUCCCCCUCCGCCCGCCCGGCGCCCUCCUCCGCCUCUCGCCGCCGGGCGGGCGUCCCACGUCGCCGGUCUCUCAUGUCCACGACUCUGAUUCCGGCGCGCAGGGAUGUACCCGGGCGGAGCCCUAAACCCAUCCGCUCUGCCCGCCGACUGCGGCCGACUUCCGCCUGGAGCGGCUCCAGCCCUUUGGCGCCGUCGUGCACGGGCUGCCAAACCUCGCUGGCCACCGGCCGACGGCGCGAGUCCUCGCCUGCCUCGCCGACGCCGCCGAGCGGAGCAGGCUACCUGGUCUUUCGGAACCAGUCUCCGCCAGGCACGGCGCUGCGUGCGGUGAGCGAGUACUUUGGCGGGCUUGCCGCCGAGCACACCUGCCACGCCGCCGCCGCGCCCUUUUUUCCCUCCUGUCAAACCGGGAGGAGCACGGAGUCAUGCGAGUCGGGCCGCAGUGGCACGCCGACGGAAGCUUCGAGCGGCGGGUCUUCUCGCACGUGCUCUUCCACGCGCAGGCCGUGCCCCGCGCGUCGGCGGCGGGACCGAGAUGUCCCACCUCGCCGCCUUUUACGCCCUGCCCGCGGCGCAGCGGGAGGCGGCGUGGAGCCGGCUGGCGACUGUCAACGCCUACUCCGGCGCCGUCCACCCGCUCGUCCACCUCCACCCUCGCACAGGC